CAAUGUGUGCGUGUGUGGCCUAUCUUUUCUUACUCUCUUGGAAGGAACAUCAAAUAAAAAGAUCAUCAUCAUUAUAAACCUUUUAGUAUCAUCAUCAUGAUGGCCUCCUCCUCUUCCUCCUCCAGCCUCUGUGAUAAUCAUCUCUUGCAAGAUGACCUGAUCCCAUGGCCUUCCAUGCCCUUUGCUCCUGCUCCCAACACCUUUGGAUUGAACCACCAAUGGAGCCAGCCUCCAAUGCUAAGCAGCAGUACUGAUCAGUUAAGCUCAUAUGAGCUUGAAUCACUCCAAUCAGUUGAAAGUCAGCUGGCAGCUGCUGCUCCUCCGACAUUAAGCCCCCAUCUGCAGGCUCAUCAACUCAGCACGGUGCUAAUGAUGCAGGAGCUAGGGUUCCAAUGGAGCAGCUGCGCUGCGCCAGCAGAUCAACAUAGUAUUGCAAGCUCCACGAAUAAUAAUAGUAAUGUGAUGAUGAACGAGGAGGAGCUACGGCCACGUCCUGAUCAAUCCCUAAUCAGCAAUCCAAGGUCAUGCAGCGCCACCACGCUUCUUCCUCCGCCGCAUCUACAUCUGGACGGCGCUGUGCUCCCGAGCAUCAACGUCUCGCGGCUGCAGAAGCUGGCCGCCGGCGAUGAGCCGCUGCAGAUAUGUUGCAAGAGGCAGGCUGCUGCUGCUGCAGUGGUCGGCCAUAGCAGCAUAAGAGAUGAGCAUGUGCCCUGCCCCUAUGCUGGCCCUCCUGCUCAUCUAAUUCAAGGACCAUCCAACACCCUGCAGAUGAAGAGGAAUACGAAUGCAGCAGCUCAAGGGAGAGGUGGCCGCCAUGGGAGUUCAACGGAGCACAGAUCAUCAACAGCGCUGCCGCCAUCGUCAAAGAAGCCCCGGCUCGAGUCACACUCCUCCUCAAUGCUUCCUUCAUUCAAGGUAAGGAAAGAGAAACUAGGGGAUAGAAUUGCCGCCCUUCAGCAACUGGUCUCACCCUUUGGUAAGACUGAUACCGCAUCGGUACUCAUGGAGGCCAUCGGUUACAUCAAAUUUCUUCAGGACCAAGUUGAGACUUUGAGCGGUCCAUACCUGAGAUCAUCCAAGAACAGCAAGAAAUUAGCCUGCAGGGCAGCACAACAACAACGGAAGGGGACGUCAAAUGGAGGGGACGCAGCAGCAAAGCUUGACCUCCGAAGUAGAGGACUCUGCCUGGUGCCCCUGUCGUGCACCUCCUACGUCACCAACGAGAAUGGGGUUUGGCCUCCACCCAAUUUCAGAGGAAACUGAACUAAUCUAUCACAGAUUCAUACUACUAGCUAGGAGUACUAUACAACAAUGUCAGCUCAUCUAGCUAGCUAGCUACAGCAGAUCCAACACACAAAGUUGUACUACUCAUCAAACUGAGCAACAUUACUGGACUCGGCUGGAGGAUCUCAGUAUCCGAUUCCUCUGCUUUUGUCUGGUGUGUAUGUCUCCUCUUUGUUAAGAAUUUGGUCUUUGCUCAGGCACACAUCAUAUACUACAGCAGUCAAGUAGCCAGAGCAGAGACCUGUCUGAUA